AGAAAAUUUUCAGUCAUUUCAUUUACUUAAUUGAACACUGAUCAUCCUUUGAAAAAAAAAAAGAUACACGAAAAAGAAACUAAACAAAAAUAAAGAUCAUUCGUUCACUAACGAAUUAUUGAACAAAUAGUAGUAUAAUAAAGAAAUGGCAUCCUUUAAUAUGCCUUUAUUGUUUUGCUUACUUGCCAGCUUCUUAGUCUGGCUAAUUCCAUCACCAUCCCAUUGUGCGGAUCCUGAUCCACUUCAGGACUUUUGCCCCGCGGAUUUAAAUUCGAAAAUAUACGUAAAUGGACUUCCAUGCAAGAAUCCAGCAACUGUAACCUCAGAAGACUUCUUCUUCACCGGCGAGAUGUUUGUGGUGCCAAGAGGGUUGCUUCAUUUCCAGCUGAAUAUCGGAAAAGUGAUCGCCACAUUAUUUGCUAGUUUCAACAGUCAGAAUCCAGGUGUAGAAAGGGUGGUUGAGCAACUCUUCAACGCAAACCCCCCGGUCCCGUCUAAUGUGCUAACUGCAGCAUUUCGGGUCAACAAUGAAACCAUUGAGGCUAUUCGAGCUAAUAACACAGCUGAAACGGACAGAAAAAACAAUCUGUAUUAA